GCAGUUCGUUCUUGCUUGAAAUUCUCUUCCUCAUCCGAAACCAUCCACCCGCCACUCAAGAUGGCACAUAUUUCUUCUACUCAUCAUCAUAUCGUCUACUUACAGGGCGACUUUGUUGAGAUCCUCGAUUUUGACCUUCCCGCCCCUCACACUUACACCAAGACAAUUUACCCGCAGACGUUGCUUUCAGAGGUCCACGAGCGCAUUCGUGAUGCCUCAGUUAUAGUCUUGUCCGCUCUACGAAUCGAUGCAAAUGCCCUUUCCCCGGAGGUCAGCCCAAAUUUAAAGCUUGUCAUGGUCGUGGCCGUGGGCACCGAUUGCAUUGACUUGGAGGCAUGCCGAAAACGAGGCAUUGUCGUCUCCUACAUCCCAGGAGCAAAUACCGAAUCCGUCUCGGAGCACGCCAUCGCACUUCACUUGGCGGCACGCCGGAAGAUCAUGGGGAUGAACGCACUGACGAGAGCCGGCGAAUGGCCUCGGAGAAAGACACUGAUGUUUGACUUUCUCAACAAGGCUGGCACGCCACCCUUAACUUGUCAGGAGGAAGUGGCCGGCAUUAUUGGCAACGGUGCUGUUGGAAGGAGAAUUGCUCAUCUGGCGCGUGGGUUAGGGAUGAAGGUCAUUGUCGCCGAUCGCAAGCAGUUUGGUGAAGUGAAGUCAACAAGCAACGCCGCUGAUGGCAUUGAAAGAGUUCCAUUCGAGACGGUCAUUCAGCAGAGCACAGCUUUGUUCGUGGCUGUUCCUCUCUUAGACUCGACGCGAAAUCUCAUAUCGACUGCUGAGUUCGAAUCCAUGUCUGCACAUGCUGUGUUGAUUAACGUGUCUCGCGGGGGAGUUAUAGACGAGAGCGCAUUGGUUAAGGCACUAAAGGAAGAUAGGAUAACUGGAGCAGCAACCGAUGUCUUUUUCCAGGAGCCCGCAAGUCCAGACAACUCGCCUUUGCUCGCAGAGGGAACAGCCGGACUGAACCUAAUUGUGACACCUCAUCUGGCCUGGCUAGCACAGAGGACGAUGGUAAAUUACUCACAACGGCUGAAGCUGUCAGUAGAGGAGUGGUGCAAGGGAAAUCCCUUGAAUGUGGUUACAUAGGAUCGUCAAUGCUGGCUAUUAUUCAAUCGUUCAAAAUAGCACUACUAUAUAACUAGUAGUUGAUUUGCUGUUACAGCCUGGAAUUUGGUAUGGAUAUUAGCUAAGGGCUGUUGCAUUCAU